AUGUCGCAGCAUCACAAAAACCUGCAGUACAUGUUUGCCACGAAGGAGAAGGAUUUCCAUUUGAUACUGACGUUGAACGAAGGUUUGAUCUCGCCUGGCUUCGUCCUGGAGAGACGAUCGUCGUCGAAUGUGUCUCGAACACGUUUUCAACCAGCGUAUGAACGUCAUCGUCAUUGCUCUUAUCAUGGAGUGGUUCGUGGCCACGCAAAUUCCCAGGUCGCUGUCAACGUGUGUCGUGGAUUGAGGGGCCUCAUUUCACUUGGAGAGGAGGAGGAUUUCUUUAUCGAACCCGUCAAUGCAUCGACAUAUGAUAAGGAGAGUAACGACGGUUCGCAUAUCAUCUACAAACCUUUAUUGAAUCGAGGAAAAACGAAUUCGACUCCUAAUGAUGCCUUCUGUUCAGACACCGGUACAUGGCACCAUGACGACCCUGCUUCGAAGAGAGCUGGACGUCGGGUACGAAAGUCAGUUAGCAUGGAGCGAACUGUGGAAACCUUAGUGGUCGUCGACCAGUCCAUGAUUGAAUACCACAAGGACGAGGACAUCGAGACCUAUGUGCUCACCAUCAUGAAUCUGGUGGCUAAGUUUUAUCGUGAUCCGAGCAUUGGGAACUUGGUGAACAUCGCCCUCGUGCGCCUGAUCCUCUUAGAAGACCAACAGGACGACCUAGAGAUCUCUAACAACGCAGACGACACAUUGAAUAGCUUCUGUGCAUGGCAAGACACAUUGAACCCGGAAGGGGAUGAGCAACACAAUCACCAUGACAACGCAAUACUUCUUACCAGGAAGGACCUGUGCCGUGGUUCUGAUAUCUGCUUCACGUUAGGGUUGGCCCACGUGUCUGGCAUGUGCAAUAGGAAGCGAAGCUGUAGCAUCAACGAAGACAACGGCCUUGCUGUUGGGUUCACCGUGGCGCAUGAGAUGGGACACAACUUUGGCAUGCAGCACGACGGAAUUGAUAACCCAUGCUCGUUUGACGAUGAC